AAUAGCAACUAGGAAUCGAGUAUAGAAUCAGUAGUUCUCCAGAGAUCGCUGCUUCUAGUUCUUACACCAACGUUGUUCUCAGUGAAAUCUUUGUACAAUGCCCAGCUACAAGUUAACAUACUUCAACGUCUCCGGACUUGGUGAGCCAAUCAGGUUCAUCCUGCAUCAGAGUGGUAUCCCCUUCGAGGACAAGAGGUUGACCUUCGAAGAAUGGCCUCAAGUUAAAGCUCAGAUGCCAUUGGGUCAAGUACCAGUGCUCGAAAUUGACGGUAAACCACUUUAUCAAUCAAAAGCCAUCAGCCGUUAUCUCGCGAAGAAGAACAAUCUCUAUGGCUCCAACGACCUUGAAGCGUACGAAAUUGACGCCACCAUCGACACCCUCGAUGACUUGAGAACUGCCUUCUCGCAAUAUUAUUGGGAAAAGGACGCUGCAGUCAAGUCAAGGUUGAAGGAGACCCUUGACACAAAAAAACCCUUCAUUCUUCAGAAACUUGACGAACAAGUGAAGAAGAACGGAGGAUACUUCGUUGGAGGAAAGCUGACCUGGCCAGACCUAACCUUCGCUUCCCAAGUUGAGAUGUUGAACUCCAUCAACGAAUCCGACGUGACCGCUGGAUACCCAUCACUACAGAAAUUGGUGCAGACAGUGAAAUCCUUACCAAAGAUCAAGGCUUACCUGGACAAACGCCCAAAGACCCAAUUCUAAAUUCGACA